UACAGGCGCUCAGAACACCAUGACGUGCGCAAGGAGUCAGGUGCAAACGGCGAGUGCGCUCGGUUGCAUGGUCUUCACGAUAACUCCAGUCGGUCAGAUCUCUCUCAGAAGGAUAAUAACAAAAGAAAGCUAAUAAUAGCGGCCAAACACUUUGACGACGUAUUGACUCCUAUAUUGGACUUAGAGAGGGAUAAAGCAUGAUGGUUGUAUAAGGAACGGGUGCCUUUUGGCGCUGUAUAAAUCGCAGAAGGUGCCUUUUUUCAGUACUUUACAAACACCUGUCAACAAUUGGAAGAUGAAGUUUGGGAAGAGCAUCUGUAUCCUUAAUGUGGGUGGCACAAAAUAUGCGUUCCCUAAGGAUGUGAUAAAGGAUUUCCCUCUGAGCAGAGUGAGCCGUUUGCACAAAUGCGCAUCGGAGAAAGAAGUACUGGAAGUGUGUGACGACUACGAUCGGGAACGGAAUGAGUUUUUCUUCGAUAGGCACUCCGAGGCUUUUUGUUUCAUCAUGCUGUACGUGAAGUACGGGAAGCUACGGUUCGUCCCGCAGAUGUGCGAGCUAUCAUUCUAUAACGAAAUGAUUUACUGGGGGCUGGAGAGCUCACACUUGGAGUUUUGCUGCCAGCGGAGACUGGACAAUAAGAUGUCCGACUCGUACAUUCAUUUCUCCGAGGAGGAAGUCAAACUCGAGGAAGAGUUGAAGGGCGAGAAUUUGGUGACUCGCGUGGUCACGGAGAGAGAGGGGUCCAAGUGGCUGGAGAGAAUGAGAAGUACUUUUGAGGAGCCGACUUCAUCAGUCGCAGCACAAAUCCUGGCCUCAGUGUCCGUUAUAUUUGUUUUAGUGUCCAUGGUGAUGCUUUGUGUGAGUACUUUGCCAGAUUGGAAAACCGCUGAGAACAACAGCGUGGAGGAACACCGGUACAAUCCCGACUCUUUAGAGCAUCCAUCCGGGAUCAUCGAGGCUGUGUGUAUCGGCUGGUUCACCGCUGAGUGCAUUGUGCGCUUCAUCGUGUCGCGGGACAAGUGCGAGUUUGUCAAACGGCCCCUCAACAUCAUCGACCUACUGGCCAUUACACCCUACUACAUCUCCAUCUCCAUGACGAUGCUGACAGGGGAGAACUCCCAGCUUCAGCGGGCGGGCGUCACCCUGCGUGUUCUGCGCAUGAUGCGCAUCUUCUGGGUGAUCAAGCUUGCCCGACACUUCCUGGGCCUGCAGACUCUGGGGCUAACGCUGAGUCGCUGCUACCGGGAAAUGGUGAUGCUGCUGCUGUUUAUCUGCGUGCCUAUGGCCAUCUUCAGUGCUCUAGCCCAGCUGCUGGAGCAUGGCCUGGACCUGGAGUCGCCGAAUGAGGACUACGCCAGCAUUCCAGCCGCCUGCUGGUGGGUUAUUAUCUCCAUGACCACUGUGGGCUAUGGAGACAUGUACCCCAUCACUGUGCCUGGGCGAGUGCUGGGUGGCCUGUGCGUGGUGAGCGGCAUCGUGCUCCUGGCACUGCCCAUCACCUUCAUCUACCACAGCUUUGUGCAGUGCUACCAUGAGCUCAAGUUCCGCUCUGCCCGCUGCACGCGAAGCCUGUCCGCAGAGUUUCUCGAUUGAGGGAUCCCUGAUGUCGCUACUCCCCCUGAUAACUCUUCAGAGACCUCCAUCCACCCUGGAAGUGUGCAUCGAUCGGAAACAUGACCUCUGUCAUUGGUCUCACACUUUAUUUAACGCAUUUUGUUGAUUUAUCCCUCGUCUUGGACCAUUAGUAUGAGGGGUUAUGUGUUUUGAGGUUUGCAUAUAGCACAGCCUUCUUCAAUAGUCAAUUCCAAAUAGGAAGUAACGGAACCCGAUGGGGACAAGGACUGUUUCCACGGCUGCCAUGGUGACAGUGGUGUUCGGGGCAGAUGUCCCUGACAGGAUGUCAUCGUUGGAGGGCAGCUGGAUUGUGUCAGACCAGACAGAGGCCUUCAUAUUACUGUGGAUUAUACAGAAUUUAGCCAGUCUCACAGUACAACCUUCUUCUCACAUGGCGACAUGCCACAAAAGAGAUUUGAGUUUUAAUGCAAUUUUCAAUCCCACACUUCUGGCAAUGUCACAGUGUGAGGAUGGAAGGUAACAUUUCUCUUCUCUUUCAUCGAUCAUUUAUUUCUAGUGUUCCUGUGGCCAGUCAGUGAACAACAAUGCAUUACCAAGAACCAAAGCGUAUGAGUACAGUGAACACUGUUCCCUUUAAUCUUUCACUUCAACGCUCACGCUUCCCCUUUUAUUUUGCGUAGGCAAACCUGACAAAUAUAAAAACACAACACUUUGUGAAUUUGAAUGAGCCCAUUUACAACUCAAACAAGGUCCCAUUCUAAACCUAUUAACCAUUCCACCUGAAAGCCAAACCAAUGCAAUGUGGUUUUGAAAGGUAUUUUUCGCAGAAACCAAGAAAGGGGGUGGGAGGGGUUGAACAAGAAAGAGUACAGUACCGUAUGGGUCUGUCAGCUCAGCUGUGUAGGCAGGUCUUUAAUGUGGAACACGGAGCCACAGAGCGAGAGUGUGUCAUGGAGAAACUGGUGGUUCGGCUGACAUCACACAGUGCAGUAAGGAGAGCGCUGCGGGUCUUCUGACUAGAGGAGUGGAACCAUUUGUGGCUGGUGUCAAAACCUUGGUAGCCUCUUCCUGUCAGAACAUAGGCACUCGGCACAACCACCACAGCCUUGGUAGGCACUCCUCUCAAUGUUGUUGUCUGGCCCACCCGCUUCUCCUCGACACUCUGUCGACGCCAUGUUUGGGUGGCUUGUGUGACGCAUUCGGCCUCCUUUCCUGCCCGAGUGAAUUUGGGUGUCUCUGAAAAGCUUUUAUCAUGCCUUCACUACUUUCUUUCGUGGGGAAUUGGGAAAGGGGUCAUCGUGUGUUCUCUUCAUAUCAGCCGGCUUCAGGCUACACUACCUGUUAUCACUAACAAGCACCAUCUCUGUUUUUCCCAGAUUGUGCAUAGAUGUGUUUGCUCUAGGACUGGGUUUUCGUGUUCGCUAACAGAAUCUGUAAAUGUAAUAUUGUAAAGGGUUUGCUCUCUGAAAAAAAAACAAUCUGUUCUUGACCUCAUUUUAUCUGAAUUCUAUUUUCAACCAAAGCAGUUUUAUAUCUUCCAGAAGCACUUUUUACAGUAGGAGCAGAAAAUUAAAGUUCAUCAAGGUAACGAUUAAUGUAUAUGAGUGUUAUUGUCAGCGUGCUCUAUUUGAUGUGAUAGAUAUUUACUGCGGGGACUCACAGUCUAAUUGUACUAGUGACGCUGGUUCUUUUGACACAGAUUUAGUUCCUUUGCUUUGUCCUCAGUGUUAUAGUUUCCACUAGCUGCAGACAGCCCCAUCUGCUCUCUCUGAUCUACCCCCGCUUUCACUUGGCUGUUUUCCAAACCCAGUAGUCACAAUGCUUUAACUGUGUGGAAUGUUGAUAGGAUAUGAUUGAUUAAAACUGUUAUUUCAGAACUUUGGGCAUCAGGGUCUUGGAAGAAGAGAAAAAUUGACUAGACUUAAUCGACUUUGAAAAUGUUAGAUUUGCAUUUAUAUUAGUAUGCAGGGUGGUGUUGUUCAGAGGUAUUGGAAGAAUUGUAUUGCAAGAGCCUGUCAUCUAAGCAUUCCUUCCUAUUCUCACUACAACUUCCCUGGAGGAAAACCAAUUUCAUUAAAACUUCAACAACUCCCAACAGGGGGAAUUUGCAAUUCCAACGGCCAUAAUAUCUCAAUGCCGACGAUGAACUCAAACCAACAGGUGCAAUAUCACAGAGAGUAAACAACUUGAGUAUUCACUUUGAGAAUGUGAGCAAACAAUGAGUUUUGAACAAGAAGGGAGCUGGCAGCAACAUGUCGCCUAUCUCUGUAAGAGCCUCCUUACCAACAGAAAUAAUUUCCUAUCACUUACUCUUGUCAUCCUUCACACGACAAACAUGGUAUAUUAUCUCUGCUCUGGUUUAUAAACUCAUAGAAAGUCACAUUGCUCCACAGCAUUUAGGACUUGUAUAUCUGACCAGCCUACUUUUCCUUGACAUAAAUCCACAUCAAUCAGUUCUCCCUGGAUUCUACUCCAAUUUAGUGCAAAAUUUCCACCACAUUCAUCAGGGAUUCUAACUGCUACAGGGGUAACUGAGACUCUUAACACCAUUGAUGGGACCACAGGCUGGAGAUUCUCUAACCAUAUUCUGUCCCUCUUCUUCUUCGUCUAUCUUUCUGUCUGCCUGGCUCUUUUUUCUUCUUUCCCUCUCUCUCAGACACACACACACACACACACACACACACACACACACACACACACACACACACACACACACACACACACACACACACACACACACACACACACACACACACACACACACACACACACACACACACACACACACACACACACACACACACACACACACACACACACACACACACACAAAGGUGAGCGUUUUGUGAGUGGUUCUUCUCUUGGAGAGCUCCAUUUUAAUAACAUGGGUAAACAAGAGAGUGGAUUUCACUUGUGUUUUGCCAAUCCAAACUGCACAUAGGUAUAAUGAAAAGUCAGAAAGGUCAUCAUAAAUGACAUUAUGAAUAAAUCAAUUGACACACAAAAAGGGGAUUAUAAAUCAGGCAAUAAAAACUCAUUUGAGAAGAUUAAACAUUGUUCACUGGUAAUGAAAUCAUUGUGUGACCUAUUUAAUGUCUGUCUGACUGACACCCUGUCACUUGUGACAGCGCUCUUCUCAAUUAAAUACUCAAAUAGUCCAUGCCCCACUCAGUGCAAUCUUGAUAUUUGGACCAGGACAAUAUUAUGUGAGUAUCUCUGUCUUCAGGACUGAAACUGAAAAUGAACUGUUCUGGAAAAGUUACUGUUGUGUUGAGGAUCAGGAAUAAGGCAAUUGGAUGUUGUUUGGAACAAAUGUUGUAUUUCUAAAAUCAGUUUUUCAGAAUAAGUGCAGAAUAUUUGCACGGCUCUUAAACCCUUUAGGACAGAUUUCUAUGCUCACGGUGGAUGUAGUUGGGGCAAAAGUGGGCCCACAUGUGUUACAAUGGAAAUAAUUCAAGAGAAAAAUACCUAAUUAUUAUUUGAAAAGUUUGUACAUUUUCUACAAGACUUAACAUAUGACUUAUACUCACAUAAAUAGAGGACCUGCUACUUCUGGAUACUGUACUUUGUUACACCCAAACACCUUAUGUGGGCAUCUCUAGCUUAUUGCUGCUUCAAUAGAAUGUACAAGUGCAACCGUGUAUAUAUCUCUUGAAGAAAUGGUUGUGUUUCUGCGAGCCAUAGUUUUUCCCCCUUAUUUUUUAUGGAACCAGCUAUUUUGUAUAGAGCUUAUGUUGUUUACAGAUAGAUUUGUUGUAUUUAAAUAAAGAAAAUCUAA